AUGACACCAGUCCAAGACAUCCCUUCCAACGGCAAUGGCCUCGUCGAUUCUCUCGACCGACUCAAGGUUGAUGACGGCGAGCCGAGACUUGGCCGUGUGGUGACAAUGGAGAAGAUCAAUCACAACGGUCUUGCCAACGGCAAGACCAUGGGCUACAGUUCCUCGGAGAAUGGAGAAAAAAUGAAGAAGGUCAAUGGCAACGAGCUUGCCGAUGGCAAGACCAUGGGUUACAAUGUUCGGCGGGGGUCUUUCUUCACUUCAAGCGACAUGUCUCACGAAUUCGCUGCUCAGCAGCGCAUCAAGCUGACUGACAACACCGAGAUUCUUCUCACCACCAUCAUUGGCGAUGACGGCUUCACCGCCUUCAUUACGCUUGCGGGUGUCUUUGCUAACUCUUCCGAGGUAAUCGGCGCCGAGGUGUGCCGUGCUGUCACCACCACCACUUGCGAGUGGAUUCAGGUCACAGGUGACUGA